UGCUCGCGCGAGUUCUGGACUCUGUUUCUCGAUCAUGGACCGCCUGUUGAUUUUUAUUAUUUUUAAUUUAUUGGCAACCGUCACGUCGGAUUCGAUCAAUUGUGCCACAACUAAACGAGGUGAGGCUGUCACGUUCACGUGCACGGAUCAGAAGAACCUAACUGCGUUGGAUACAGCCCCAGCCAACACUACGUCCAUUGAGAUUUUUGAUUCGAAAAUACCUUCUGUACAUGGCCACGCGUUCUCGAGAUUCGCGGCGAGCCUCGUAACUCUAGAUUUACAUGGAUCAGGUAUCGAAUUUAUAGACCAGUCGGCGUUUAUAGGCCUCACCAAGCUGGAGAAACUCAUACUGUGGGGUAAUAAGUUGCGAACAGUGCCGAGAGAUUGGUUCGCGUACACGUACAGCCUGAAAACCCUCGACUUGUCGUUCAACUUUAUCGAAGUAAUCGACUACGCUGUCUUCCAGAUGCUUUCCAAUUUAGAAAACUUCUACUUCGACUACAACCAAAUUAAAUUCAUCGAUUACACUAUGUUCGCAUAUCUUAAAAGCCUUAAAAAUGUGAAGUUCGAGAAGAAUCCGUUGAGUUGGGGAUAUCGUGCUCAUUUGACGUGGCAAUUGGAAAAUCAGCACGUAAAAUACACGGAACAGUACGAGAACUGGGGAUGGAUGAACGUUGCCAUAAAAGAAUGCACGGACAGUGGAUAUGGGGAAAUACCGACAGACACCGUUUUAGAUUGCAUUGUCGCCAAACUGCUUGACUUUACACACAAAGUUUUUUCCACAGAAAUUGGACAGAGUAGCAACGUAUGCGCGAAUCAGGCAAUCGGGCUUGUCCAAUGCGUGAGAUCCCAAAAUCGUACUUACAAUACCGAUAACGAGACUGUACGAAAAAUACUCGAGGACUACGCCGCUAUUUUAUUACCUAUGUCAAAAUCACGAGGCCGAUUUUCGAGUCCAAUUUACCUCUGAAGUGGAAUUCUUUUAAAAAUUCAACAGUUAAAAUUAUGUAUACUUGGCGUAGAAGUUAAUUCUGUGGCUUAAAAUAAACUUGUUAUUUAUUUAUGAUAAAAAAGCAGAGAAACUAUAAUUUUCCCUCAGUUACACGUUCCAAAAGAGCUUGUAUAAUUGUAAACAAGAAAUUUCUAUUAAUUCUGUGCCUUUCUAAAGUCAACUCACCCUUUCUU